UGACGAGGCACGCGAAGUUCAUCUAUGGCCAUUCCUUAUAACGGUGCAAGAGUGAGGUAUCGGCCGUUACUCACCUUGUGCCUUUGACGCCAUGGCUUCGGAAAAGAUGACGCAAUCAUAUCCCAAGUUCUCGGAGCUACCACUAGACCCAUCCCAUCCUCCGCAUACGGCAUGGGGUCUCUGGGGGAUGGAUGAUGAACUAGGAACCUUGAACCACCUGACACCGAAACGGACAGUUGCAGCUGCCAAAGAAGUAAAGACAGGGUUGCGGUUCGGUCUCAAUUGGGCACUAGAGCAGAUGGACUACACGGGUGGGUUUCGAGAAACAAUGAAGCACGAAAUCUUUGAGCUCGGAAAGAACAUGAAUGACGAUCGGAUCACGAUUAAUACCCAGACGAGCACGCAGUGGGACGGGCUACGGCAUUGGGGCUUUGAUGACGGGCAGUUCUACAAUGGCCUUACACAGAAAGAGAUCAUUGAGAGGAAGACAGACAGGCUAGGCAUUCAUUCCUGGGCGAAGCACGGUAUUGUCGGUCGCGGCGUCUUGGUUGAUUUCGUGUCCUACGCUGAGCGGAAUAACAUCAAGUACGAUCCGCUAGACUUCUACGCGGUACCUUUGAAGGUUGCAAAGCAGAUUGCUGAGGAAAGCAAUUUCGAGUUCCAGGCAGGGGACAUCAUGCUGCUCCGAACCGGUUUCACCACAGCUUUUGAGAACGCAAGUCUGGAAGCGAAGAAGGAAAUCAUGCACAAGGACCCGUUUAAGUACCCGGGCUUCGAGAGCAACUUUGAAGUCCUGGGGUGGCUUUGGGACACCAAGAUCGCUGCUGUUGCGGGCGACUGUCCUGGAUUCGAAGCGUGGCCACCGUCUGAACAUGCAAUGCACCAGAUUCUGCUCUCGGGCUUCGGUAUGCCGAUUGGCGAAAUGUUCACGCUCGAAGAGCUGGCGAAGGAGUGUGAGAAGCAGAAGAGGUGGACGUUUUUCUUUACGAGCGAGCCUUUGAACGUUAGAGGAGGUGUUGCGAGUCCUCCAAAUGCAUUAGCUAUCAUGUAAUUGCGACGCUCUCGCGAAGAGACAGUCAGCGACUGCGAUGGUCGUUUCAA